UCUCUGGCUGUGGCCGACAUGUUUAUUGGACUUAUUGUGAUACCCAUAGAGGCCAUCAAGCUAACUGAGACAUGCUGGUACUUUGGAGACAAAAUUUGUGGAGUGCUUAGAAAGACCCUUAGAUUGCUCCUAUCAGCAUCUCUCUGUAAUUUAGUUUUAAUUGCUGUUGAUCGUUAUGUGGCUGUGUGUUGUCCUUUACAAUACCCACAGAAAAUAACCACAACUAAAACUUUAAUGAGCAUCAUUCUCUGCUGGUUUUGCUCCAUAGCUUACAACACUGCCAUUGUAAUUAACAACGGAUAUUUUGACACUUUUCACAGAACAGGUGUGUGCUAUGGAGAGUGCCCUUAUAUGAUGACUUUUGCCUGGAGAGCCAGUGACCUGAUCUUUUCCUUUGCGUCUCCUUGUAUCGUAAUCAUAAUGUUAUAUUUAAGAAUAUUCUAUGUUGCACAACGGCAAGUGAAAAUUAUAAAUUUACUUUUAAACACUGGAAAAAGUACAAUGGAGGACACUUUAAAAAAGAAAUCUGAGAGCAAGGUGAAACGGCAUCUAUACCAAGAUGCAACCUCGUCUUUACAAAGACGCAGAGUCGAGUUGGCACAGACGCAACGUCGUCUUUAA